AUGCACAAGUUGGAAGAUGCAACCAAAGUGCUGAUUCUUGAUGCCGGAUAUAAGAGACCGCCAAGCCGGCACCGAACGGACUUUUCCGAUUGGACUAGACUCGUAUGUAAAAAAUUCAUAAGGAUCUCGCUCCAAUGUGAGGGCUUUACCCUUCGGGUUCCCUUCGUGGUUGAUGAUACUUUCUACGCUUUGAUGAGAUGUUUCGAUUUUUUUACAAUCGACGAAGAUCCAGAAUUGUGGCGACUUUGGUGCAGCCUCCUCAGGUACGCCUUGCGACUUCAGAACGGUGAGUCCUGGCUGCAGAUCUUCUACGGUGUUAGCGACCAAGACCAGCCGGACGAGGUGCCGGCACGGUGGAGCACGACUUCGAAAGCAAGCACCAAAUACCGAGACGACAGGCCUAAUAGGUUUGUGCGGGGAGCAUUUAUCCAGAACGAUGUGCAAGGCAUAUCCAACGUCAUUUGCGAGAUCAGCAGCCCCCUCGGUCUACGAUGGUUCUGGGACAAGGAGAGCUGGCGGGCAACCGACAUCAUCAAGCGCUACGGCGAUGGAAUCAUACAACCGUCGUCGUCGGAUUUUGAGGUUAUAUACCGUGGGGUCAUCCAGCAAAUUUCGGAGCAUUCCUUGUUCCUUGCGUGCCGAGGCUUGGAGAGCGUUCACCGCAAACCUACGCCAGAUGGUAAAUCGGGAGAUCGAGCAAGACCUGAAACCUGCCUCGAUCGGUACUAGAUGACUGGCAAAAUUCUGCAUAGUAUUGUUAAAAUGGCUUGGCUUCGCAUUGUGUCUACACUUGUUUUAAGGCUUUGUCAUCUAUAAAAAUCUAAUAUAGAGGAGAAGAAUGUAAUUGCGCAAUUAUCGAAUCGCAAGGGUAGGUUAGUUGAUAGAAAUGACAAUCUCGUUACG